GACGAAUCGAUCUGAACAGGAAUUCCAUCUGGUGAUGAGACGCGCAAUGAAAGUGUAUGAUGCGUUUAGGUGAUUAACAGGAUAACACCUAGUCGUGAAACGAAACGGUACAUCACACACACUUAUGCUCUACUCGUUUUUUUAACAUCUGGUUCGGGGAAUGUUAGCUAAAUCGAUAAAACUAAAGGUUACUUAUACGUGUAGCUUGGUUGGAGCUUCACAGUUCUGUUGAAUUCACGACUUGCCGAACAAUGGAGCCCUUUUUAGAAGCCUUUUUUAGCAUUGACACAGACCACUCAGAAAGAAUAACCAUACGGGAGCUGCAAGACUAUGUGAAACGAAACAAUAUUGAUCAGUCAAUGGUUAAGCGUUGGCAAGUUUUAUUCGACGCCAACGACUCCGGAGUGAUUACACUGGACGAAUUUUGCAAGACGCUUGGAAUUCGUCCCUCUGAAGCCCGAGCUUACAACGCAAAUAUGGUUCGAGCCAGUCAUGGUCCUUCACUGCCACGCGAGGUUGACGUUAUUACUGCAACUCUGCCUUUCGACCAACAGGUUGAUAUUGUCAAUGAAGUGAUGCGACUGACGCGCAAUGAACCGUUUGAUGAGAAUCUGAAUGUGAAAAUCCUACCUACGUCGGUUCCGAACAUUUGGGCGACGCUGAAAAACGAACGUAGAGAUAAUCUUGGACAUAUGUGCUUAUCAGCAGUGGCAGUCUGUUGGAAAUCCUGCCUCGUUUUGGAUUCCCUUGAAACAUACACCUAUAUUUGAGGCCAUAUAUGACAUAACAGCUUGAAGUAAGGUUACCGUGGAAAUAUAGCUAAUGUUCAAAGUCGC